GAGAGAAGAGAGUCGGCGAGUUCUUGUGUUUGAGCAGCACGAAAUCUCUUUCGCUCUCAAAGCAUUUGCUCGUCUUUUUCGCGGCCGCCCGCGUUCCCGCCGUCUGCGCAUCUGAAGAGAAGCUCUCCAGGUGCUCGUCUGGAGGGAAGGAUCGCAGUCUUUGAGAGCGGGGAGGAGGGUGCAAUGAAGCGCGUGCGCUUCUGCGUACCCACACUUUGUCAGAUUCUUCUCUUUUCGGAUCCCAGACGUCCACAUCCUGCGUUCCGCUUUUUCUCUGGGUCUCGUUAUUCUCUUCCGAGUUCUCAGAACUCCUCCGUUGUGCCUCCCUCCACCGUGUCUUGCCUCCUCCUGCAAGACAAGAAUUUUUUCCGCCCUGUGACAAGCGUGCGACUUGCCUCGUUCUUCCACUGAACGCGCUGGAAAAGAGGAAGAGAAGCAAACCUUUUCUUCGAGAAGAACGACUCUCCGUUUUUCCGGCUGGUUCCUUCAUCUCUUCCUCUCCGUCCCUGCUUUUUUGGACGCACAGCGACGCGGCUCGCGCGAACGCUGCAGUCGUACUCGAACGGCGUUGUGCGUGUCAACGUGUGACGCGAAAGAGCGUCUUGGUUUCGCUUUCCAGAGAUCUGCGACGACCUUUGAAGCGGAACUCGCGUUUCUUGAGACUUUCCUGUCCUCGCGAGUGCGAAUUCGAAGCAAAUCUCCGGAACUCUUUGAAAAAAUGGCGUCGACCACCGCGUCCUCGUCGGGCACAGACCUCAGCUGGCUGCCUUCCGACGCAGAAGAGCAGCUGGCUCUCGGCUUCCGUAUCGUCUCCAACGCGUACAAGACGCGUGUCCACACGCAGGAGGCGGAAAUUCGUUCUCUCAAGGCUCAGGUCGCCGAAAAAAACGAGCAGUACGGAGCUCUGCAAAAGAAGCACAGCUCCCUCGAGGUGCAGCUGAUCGAGUCCACGCAGCGAGGCAACCAGCUGGCCGAAGAGAACAGACAACUCGUGGCGACGAUCAAGAAGCUGCACAGAGACAUUCUUCGUUUGGAGAGCCUGAAGAAGGCGGUUCUCAAUUCGAUUCAAGAAGAUCACUCGGACGCAGAAGAGUCUUCUCACAAAUACUACGCUCCCGAGGACAUGCUUCAGACUGCAGCGCCUCGCACGAUGUCAGAAAUCAAUGGAGUGGAAGACAUGGGCACCGCCUUUCUGAGCAAACUGAGUUCUGCCGAAGGCCCUUUCCUCACUGCACCCAGUUCCUCCACUGGCGCCGUCCUGACGCCCAACACUGGAGACAGCAAGCCCGUGGACGGGAAGGUCUUCUUCAGAAACGCGCGAAGCAGAAUGUCUUACGAGAACUUCAAUUUGUUUCUGGCAAACAUUAAGAAGUUGAACAGCCACCAGCAAGACAGAGAGGAGACUCUUCGGAAUGCACAGCGUCUAUUCGGUGAAGCGAAUCGCGACCUCUUUGAGGAAUUCAAGGUCAUGAUCAACCGCCAUCCGUGAGGAGCAGAAAAGACCGGAGCGUUCUCGCCUCUCCGAGGAGCCUGGGAUAUCUGCACACCGGAGGACUGCGGAGCCCGUGUCUCUUGGAGAACUCCUGGCUGCCUCCCAGGCGUCUUCACGAAGUUAUCUCAGGCCGGUUUCGCGCAUGAAGAGCUUGAAUAGAAUGUCUCUCCUCUGUUAGACAAAGAUUCGAAUGUGUUUUUCCUGCCUUGACCAAUAGUAGAGCGCGGCAGUCGUGCACCGAGUUCCGGUGGAGACUGGGCCGGUGUAGAGAGAGCGUCUGCGUUGAAAGAAAACUUGUGGCUUUCUCCGCAGCUGUGCUUCUUGGCAGAAACUUGCGCAAACAGAGAACGUUGGGCGAAAGCAAUGCUCAGGAGAUCUCGGGAUGACGGAGAUGAUCAUCUGAAGGACUUGCCCGUUUUUUCUCGACUUUCACGCCUGUGUAUCACCAGCCUUCCUGCGGAACAAAGACGUACACACAUACAUACAUACAUACAUACAUACAUACACACAUACGUACAUGCUUUUGAAUGGAUACAUUCUUAGCGAUAUGGACAUACAUACGCGUAUGUGUGUUAACCAUUAGGUGAGAGGGAUUCGCUCUGUUGUCUCUUUGAAAAGGCGCCGAAGAGUUUCUUCAGUGCGUUUCUCGGCUUAUAUUCGGAUACGAGGGGGGAGAACCGCGCUUCUUCAUCUGGAAAACAUGCGUUUUUGCCGGACUUGUCCUCACCUCCCUGCGCGGCAUUAGCUCGACCUUGUUUUUUUCUCAAGCACCGAGAGUUUUCUCCACGUAUCAGAUUUCUCUUUUAAAUAAAUUCAUUCUGAGACACCCGACUACAUAGACGUGCAUGUGCAUGCGUAUGCACGCUUCUUUUCUUGUGUGAGAUUUCCACUCUAGAUCUUCAUGCGACGUGCGUGUCUGCGUGGAAGAAACUUGUCUGCAAAGUUCUUGGCUUCCGAGGCUGUCCCUCCAAUCACUCCAACACCAACGCGAGAGAGCGU